UCCAAUUUUGCUUAAACCCUAAACCCCAUAGCUGGACUGAAUACUCUGCUCGGCGGUCUGAACUCUGAAGUCGUAUCUUUAACAAUGGGGUUUUUCGAUCUGAACAUCCCUUACGAGACCUCGCAAUCAUCCAAGGCUACGCGGAUGAAGCUCGUAAUCAAGGCCAUGGAGCUCGGCUACAGCGGCGUCGCUUACAAUCGGAUGAUGAGAGGCGUGAUGUCCGAUCACGACCGGUGCUCUAUCCCGCUCUUGUCUUUCUCAUCUCUACUUAGUCUCGUUCCUUCUCUCGCAUCCUCAGUCAGUUUCCACCGUGAGCUGCUCGGAGUUCCACGCAACACGCCCUUCCGUCAGUACACUCGUCUGACGGUCUGCGUGGAUAGUCCGGCGCAAGCACAGGUGCUUAAUAGCGGGAAUCCUAUCUUGAAGAGCUAUGAUGUUGUGGCUGUGAGGCCGACGAAUCAAGUUGCAUUCGAUCAUGCAUGUGAGAAGUCGGAGGUGGACUUGAUUGCUAUUGACUUCUCAGAGAAGCUGCCUUUCAGGUUGAAGAUGUCAAUGGUUAAAGCUGCGGUUGAGCGUGGCGUUUAUUUUGAGAUAAUGUACUCUGACCUUAUUGCGGAGAGAAGGCAGAUGAUUCCCAAUGCUAAGAUGUCCUACAUGUUUCUUAACUUCCAGUUAUUGGUUGAUUGGACGCGGGGCAAGAAUCUCAUUUUUUCUAGUGCUGCUUCUUCAGUAAAUGAAAUUAGAGGGCCAUAUGAUGUUGCAAAUUUAUUAUCGAUGUUGCUUGGCCUCUCUAUGGAACGAUCCAAAGCAGCCAUUUCCAAAAAUUGUAGAAGUCUUCUAACUAAUUCCUUAAGGAAAAGGAACUUCUACAAGGAAGCUAUCAGGGUGGAGCCUUUAUCAAAUGGACAAACAUCCGACUCAAAGAAUCCCUUUUCUGCGGAUUGGCUUAUGUGGGAUCCCAUCUCUAGUGGGGAAGGUGAUUUACAGUUAGAUGAUGUGCCAGUGGCAGUGAAGGCGUCAAAAACCAUGAAAGCAAUUGACUUCGAUUCAAUUAUUGAUAACACCUCUUCACUUGGUGGACGCUUUCAGAUGGGUUCCACGUCCCUCGUGUUAACUCCCACUACUGUUGAAGUGCCUGAGAAGCUUGAUGGAGAUCAUCCCUUGACUUGUCAGAUUUCAGAUGCACCAUCACAAAAUCAAAUUUCUGGUUCUGAAAACUCUCAGGAAGUCAGUUUACCCGAUGCUGAGACAAUAGCUAUUUCUUCUUCUAAUGAGAUUAGGAGCCCAACAAGCACCGGCGGGAAAGAAGCUGCAAUCUUGGAUGGCUUAGGGAACUCAGUUUCGCCAGCUAAAACUGAAGGAUAUGAUUCGCCUUCACAAAAAAUCUCCUCUCUAUCAAAUUCUCAAAAUGAUAAUACGGUCUAUCGCACAUCUGUGAUGCCUAUUGAGGUAUCUGGGAGCACAGACGUUCUUUCUCAAAUUGACAAGUCUACAAAGUCGCAAGACUUUGACAUUGAAUUGCAUGCAAAGAUUGUUGUUCAUCAAGAUAUUGAGGCGAUCUUAGAACCCCAGAAAGAUGCACAGGAUUGCACGAAUCCUUCAGGCACUGAACUGAUUGAAUCUGAAAACAAUACAGUUUCAGUUGAGAAUAAGGUUUCUCUCCCUCUAUCGUCCGACAUCAUUCCUAGGGAUGCUUCACGAACUGCAAAUUAUAGUUCAAUUGUAGAUGUUCAAAUGAAGGAGGUAGAGCAGACAGAAGUCAACAGAGAUAUUAUCCUGCUUUCAGAUGAUGAUGUUGAAGAUGACUCUCAAGUUGCAAGUUUUCUGCCCUCUGAGGAUCAGAAUUCUCAAGAACAACACCAUGGAAAGGGUGAAGGCAAAAAUUUGACCUCAGUGCCAUCUUCAGGCAUUGGUUCUUUUUGCCGAAUGAAGGAAGAACGAGAGCAAAAUUGAAGAAAACGAUGGGGUUACUACCUUUCAAGCGGUUGUUGCAUCCUAUAGCCUUCAAGAAGAAAGGCAGGAGAUCUGAGCACAGAAGGAUGUUGGCAUAGUUGGAAAUGCAGUCGGCACAACUGUAAGAUUGCAGUACAGGUUAAGCGAAAUUUCCCUGUAUUCUCUGUUUUCAUUUUUAUUUAGUAAAGCCGACAAAAUGGCUUAUCUAGCCGAUAGAUUCGUGACACAAGAUUAUAUGAAGUAGCGAACUCUGCUAUAUUGCAUUCAUGAAACAAGAACAGUAGAGGCCAUGAAGCCCUUUGAUACUUAAAAGAUUAG